GUUUGACCAUCUUUCCGUAUGGCAAAUUAAUCGCACGUCAACGAGAAUAAGGAAAGAAAGAUUGUGAAAUGAGCCGAAAAUCCCGAGAUGAGGAGAGAAAUUCUCUGCCGAAAAUAAAUUGGAUAUCAUCGUGGGUAUUCUAAUCGCCCCGACAGCAGGCUUAAGCGGGUCAUCGAGGCUAAUGAAUCGUUCGGGAAGAGAUCGACGAUGCGGAAACGAAGCAAUCCGCCAUCUGGAUCGCUGAUGAUCUUAUAAGCCAAGGCGAUAUGUGCGUUAAGUCAUCGCGUUGCGUGCUGCGCGAUCAGUAGAACCCGCGGAAUCGUAUGCGAAAUGCUAAUGCAUCACUGCGUAUGCAUUCGGUACGAUGUGACUUUUCGAUUCUUCUUGAGGAUCCGGAACAAGAGAACAGUCUGUGAUUAAAUCGUAAGUGUUCGCGAAACACUCCAAUGUGAUACACCGAAUGUACACAGACAGUAUACAUACAGGCGUCCUGUAUAGCAUAUUUGGUGAUUUUCAGAUACAUUUGUUAAACAGAAUAAUGUGCGUCGAAAAUCCUAACAAUCCUUUUGCAUUAAUUUUUUCACAAAAAAUAGACAACAAACUGCAAUAAUUGUGUUCGGUCCCGUAACUGGGAACAUUAAAGUUUUCAUAACGCAAGCAAAAUGGGAGUGCAACUACGACGAAUUAGAAUCGCGUUUAGUUUGAUAGUGCUGUUAUCCGUAUUUGAGUUUUGUAUGAGCAACAACGACACCUGGACCAGGAACCGCGACGGGAAGAUACGCGUAAUCAAGAAGUUAAAGAAGGAUUUCCGGAAGCUGAAAAAGCAGGAGGGAGCAUUACAGUUGAUAGGAAGCGAGAAUGGCAGUUACGAAGGAAACGUGGAAAUACUUCACGACGGAAAGUGGGGUGGUAUAUGCGACGACGAAUGGGACGACUUGGAGGCACGUGUGGUUUGCAGGCAAUUAGGUUUCAACGGUGCAAUUAAAGCGACAUCGUACGGCCACUUCGGUCAGGCCAGAAGAAGAUACUGGAUGGACAACGUUUACUGCGACGGAUCCGAGGACGAAAUCGCGAAAUGUCGUUUCGACGGAUGGGGUGUCUCCGAUUGCGGCAACAAUGAAGCGGCCGGAGUCGUUUGCUUGCACGAAGAAAAAACAGAAGCAUCAUCGUCAUCGAUCUCGCAGGAAGAAUUGCCGAAAGCCAAAAUAAAGGAUGUGCAUAAGCAAGGCAUAGCGUUGCGAUUAUUCGGAGGACGCGUGCAUUCCGAGGGUCAGGUGGAGAUUAAAUUGGGCAGUGGAGAUUGGAGUACCAUCUGCGGCGACAGUUGGUCCAUUCUCGAAGCUGCUGUGGUUUGCCGUCAAUUGGGUCUCGGUUACGCAUCCGACGCGAUACAGACUAAUUUUUUCGAUAAUCGGGAGUCAAUGCCAAUGUCGAUCAGCGGAAUAGAAUGCAAUGGAAACGAGGAAAAUCUGGCUGAGUGCUUGCACGACAAGGUUGUAGACUGUCCAGGAACGGUGGAAAACGUGGCAGGAGUGAUAUGUCAACGGGAGAUGGCCGAUCUCGUGUUCGAUCACCUCGAGCUGAUGCGCACCGCGCAUCUCGAGGACCGUCAGCUUUACUGGCUGCAGUGCGCGAUGGAGGAGAAUUGCGUGGCCUCGCAGGCCUAUAAAGUGCAACGGGAAACCGAAAAUUGGCAUCUAGAAACGAGGCGAUUAUUGCGUUUUACGGCGAGGAUCUUGAACGCGGGUACCGCAGACUUCCGUCCGUCUAUACCCAAACACUUGUGGGAAUGGCACAUGUGUCACAUGCAUUAUCACUCGAUGGAAGUAUUUGCUACUUUCGAUGUAAUCGAUUCAAGCGGCAAUAAAGUAGCCGAAGGCCACAAAGCGUCCUUCUGCCUCGAGGACAAUCAAUGUAUUCCCGGUGUACAACCCAGAUACAAAUGCGCCAAUUACGGGGACCAAGGUAUUUCCGUUAAUUGCAGUGACAUUUACAAGCAUAAUAUCGACUGCCAGUGGGUGGACAUUUCCGAGCUGGAACCAGGACAUUACACGCUCAAGGUCGCAGUAAAUCCCGAAUUCAAAGUUGGCGAGAUGUCGUUUGAUAACAACGCGGCGAUCUGCAGCCUGCUUUAUACACAAACUUUUGCAACUGUCCACAGUUGCAUAAUGGGACGUCCUUGACACGCUGCGCACGAUUGCGGGGAUUUUUCUGUAGACAAAUCUACGGGGGUGAGAGAUUAAUGCCGACAUCGGCUGUGUGAGCAUGAACAAGAAGCGAGAACGCAUUGCGAAUUUAAUAGGACAAUUUUGCAAUGUAGAAUAGAUUUUUGCGUGAGUGAAUUCAAGAAGAAUUCAAACACGAUAUGCAAGAUACAUUAUUAUGAGAUUUCAAAAUCAUUUUUAAAAUGGAUGGAAGAAAAAUCUGAAUGUUGUUUUAACAUUAUUAUGCUCUAGUAAAAAUCCAAUAUGUAGAAGUAUACAGUAUAAUGUUAUAAUAUAUUUUUA